AUGGACCACCUGGGGGCAGGAAAUGUGAAACACUGUAAUGUCUUCCAAGAGGGCUCUGCAACCCAUGUGGUGACUGCCCUGCUCUACGGAGCCCAGAACCUGGACUCUGCAGCUGCCCAGCUAGUCAGGCAGAUCAGUGUUAGCCAGGUGCGUCGCGCACAGCAAAUCUUGGACGGACUGGACAAUACUGAUGUACAAUGCAAGGACAUGAUGAAGGAAGAUAUGGCUAUCAAGUUCCCUGAACUCAAAGCCAAGGUCAACAAGUUCAGGGACAUGUGCUCAGAGUACAAGCUGGUGUUCCAGAAGGUCUCUUUUGAGCUGCCAUCAAAGCCAGGUGUUCCCACCAUCAAGAGUCUGGAGCAUGACUGUGUACACUUGCAAGUCAACCCUCCCAACCUUGGUGUUACCUCUGUGGAAUCGUACCAGGUUUUGUACCAGGCUGAGCAGGCGCUCACAGUGGACCGAGUCAAAUCUGAUGCUACUACACAGAAUACGUCCAGGACCCGCCCAUGUAGCCCCCCUGGACCACCCGCAGAGAAGAGGAUAGAAUCGGGAAGUAUCAGAGUGAACUGGGACAUUCCUACCAAGGCGGGAGAUGAUGUUGAAGUCAUUGGUUAUGUGGUAGAAUACAGAAAGAGGGUAAAGGCUAUAGACAAUCAGAUGUGGCACACCAUCAAAACCACCACUAGAGAGAGUACACUGGAAGGACUAGAGGCUGGCACUGGAUACAGCAUCAGAGUCUAUGCUAACUGUGGCGAAACAGGGAAUAGUCUACCCAGUCCUGAGACUGUGCUGACUACCCUUAGGGUCUCUGAUGUCCAACCGAAGACAAGCAAAUCAACAGCAGCAAAAAGUCAGGAAUUCCUCACAAAAUCCCAGAAGGUGGAAAAGGGCAAACCCUCAAUCCACUGGCUGAAUCUGGAACAGAAGUUUGGUGUAAGUGACAGUUUUGACCAGUACACAUUUGGGAGGAAAGUUGAGCAAGGGAAUAACAAGGUGAUAUUGCUUCUGGGGGCCACAGGUGCAGGAAAAACAACUCUGGUCAAUGCCAUGAUAAACUACAUCCUCGGGGUAAAGUGGGAAGAUUGUUACCGCUUUAAGCUCAUCCAUGAGGUGACCAACAGGUCCCAGGCUGAGAGCCAGACUGUGGUUGUGACAUCAUACGAGCUCUACAACCAGCCAGGCUUUCAGAUUCCUUAUUCUCUGACUGUCAUUGACACACCAGGGUUCGGAGACACCAGAGGAAUGGCUCAUGAUAAAUUGCUCAUCCAGAUGUUGAAGGAUUUCUUGUGUAACCCUUUAGGGAUUAAUCACAUUGAUGCAGUCUGCUUUGUAGUGCAGGCACCACUUGUUCGUCUCAGUCCUUCCCAGAGAUACAUCUUUGAUUCCAUCCUGUCCAUCUUUGGAAAGGAUGUUGCUGAAAACAUCCUGAUGCUUGUGACAUUUGUUGAUGGGAAGCACAUACCGGUGCUAGAGGCCAUCAAUGCUGCAAAUCUGCCCUGUAAGAAAGAUAAGAAGGGGCUACCAACCCAUUUCAAAUUCAACAGUUCAUUUCUGUUCUCAAAGGAGACAGAGAGCAGCUCUGAAGAGGAUGAUUCUGAUGAUGAUCAUAAGGCCCAGUGUCCAGAGCAAUGGAGGUCAACUUUCAAGGAGAUGAAGAAAUUUUUCCAAGCACUGGAAAGCAUUGAGAGUAAAGAUGUGACCCUGACAAUGAAAGUUCUGGAAGAACGUGAGCUUCUGGAGAAGACCAUGACACGCCUGACCCUCAGAUCACAGCAGGUCUGUCAAAGCUAA